CUCUACAAGGACGUCAUGAUGGACAAUCAGCCGCCCCUCACAUCACCGGAUGGAUCCAGUCAUGGGAACCCACCAGAGAGAUGUCCCCGUCCUCUGUAUUCCCGGGAUUCCACACAGGAAGGUCACACCAUCCCUCACCAUCAUCAGAGUGGAAUCCUCGGGAUGAUAAUAUUGAUAUUAAAGAAGAGUAUAAAAGAGGAGGAGGAGGAUGAGGAGUAUGGAGUGAUGGAGGAGUCAGAGCUUCUAAAAGAACACAAAGAUCUGUACCAGGACACCAUGGUGGAAUCAUCCAGCACAGAAACCCACCAGAGAGAUGUCCCCGUCCUCUGUAUUCCCGGGAUUCCACACAGGAAGGUCACACCAUCCCUCACCAUCAUCAGGUAGAUGAUGACAAUUAUUGGAACCCACCAGAGAGAUGUCCCCGUCCUCUGUAUUCCCGGGAUUCCACACAGGAAGGUCACACCAUCCCUCACCACAUCAUCAGAGUGGAAUCCUCGGGGAUUAUAAUAUUAUUGUUAAGGAAGAGUAUAAAGAGGAGGAUGAGGAGUAUGGAGUGAUGGAGGAGUUUUCAGAAGGACACAAGGAUAUGAUGGAGCCAUCUAAUACCAGGAACCCCCCAGAGAGAUGUCCCCGUUCUCUGUAUUCCCGGGAUUCUACACAGGAGGAGGUGACACCAUCCCUCACCAUUACAAGGUUGAUGGAUCCAGUCAUGGGAACCCACCAGAGAGAUGUCCCCGUCCUCUGUAUUCCCGGGAUUCCACACAGGAAGGUCACACCAUCCCUCACCAUCAUCAGGUAGAUGAGGAACAAUCACUGUAAAUCAUCAGAGAGAUGUCUCCAUUCUUUGUAUUCCCAGGAUUUCACACAGGAAGGUCACACCAUCCCUCACCAUUACAAGGUUGGUGG